AUGGCAAAUAAUGUUUAUCAAUGUCAAGGUACAACACAAAAGGGAUUUAGAUGUAAAAAAACUGUAAAUACUCCAUCAGGUUAUUGUAUAUAUCAUAAACAACAAUUUAAACUGUAUAUACCAGGACAUUUUAAUUCAAAUAAACCAAAUAAUGGUUAUAUUUAUAUAUAUACAAUGAAAAAUUUUAUAAAUCCACCUUUAAAUUGGUCUUUCAAAGUUAAAAAUAUUCCCAAUACAACUAAAAGAAAUAAAGAUAAAUGGAUAAAUUUUAAAAGUAAAAAAUCACCAUAUAUUUUAAUUAAAAUUGGUAUGACAACUCAAUUACCAAAUAUUAGAAUAAAACAAUGGGAAUUAAAAUGUGGUCAUGAAUUAGUAAACUUAAAUCCAAAAAAUUCAUAUUUAAUUGAAAAUAAAAGUCUAAUAGAGAAGUUAUUAUGUUUAAAUAUAAAUGAAAAAGAUAAUCCAAGUUAUAAUCGUUUUAAAAAUGAUGGAUUUUAUUGUGAAGAAAAUUUAAAAUUAAUUGAAUCAACAAUUCAUCAAAAAUUAAGACAGAAAUAUGGUAAAGGUGAUGUUUAUUGUAGUGGAUGUUUACAAGAUGAUAAAUUACAUACUGAAAAAACUUCACCUUUAAAGACAAAUUAUAAUGUUCAUAUUGAAUGGUUUUUAAUACCUAAAAAAGAUUUAGAAGAGAUAUAUAAAUUAAUAGAUUAUACAUGUAGAUCAAUAGGGUAG